AUGCAUUCUUCUCGAGCAAACAAGUUAAAUCAAGAAGAACCGCGUUCUUCAAAGAUUCAUAAUUAUUUGAAAUUUAUGGAUCUCUUAACAAUCAACAAUCAUUCUCAGUCACCAAAUGGAUUAAACCACCAGAAUGUGGCCGAUUCUUCAUCUUUUAGCCGAUUUUCUAUAAAGCUUCCUAAAAAAUUUUAUCCAGCCAAACAAAAAUCCAUUAAAGCUUUUAAAUCUAAAAAUUAUGAAGAAGUUAUUAAAUAUUCAACAGAAUUUCUUGAUAAAUAUCCGGAUAGUUAUAGUAUAAGAUGUGAUCGAAGUGAGGCAUACAUGAAUCUAAGGGAAUAUGAAUAUGCAAAACAAGAUCUAGAUAUAGCCAUACGAUACAAGCCAAAGAAAGAACGUGGAUUUUAUCUUCGUGGAAUGGUACAUGAUAAACUAAAUCAUCCAAAUGAUUCAAUAAAAGAUCUUAGUAGAGCUAUUAAAAUUAAAUUUAAUGAUCAGUUAACAUUGGAAGCAUUUAAAAUAUGUGCUAAACAUUAUAAGGACUUUGGAAAAUUUAAUGAUGCAAUAGAAUGCCUUGGAUCUGCAUUGCGAUUAGAAUCACAUGAUGUUUGGGCGUUGAAAACUAGGGGAACAAUGUAUUUUGAGAAAGGAAAAUAUAGUUUGGCACUAAAAGAUUUAACAGCUCUGCUUAAAGUUGAGGGGACAAAUAUUGAAGCUUUAGAAUUAAGAGGGAUAGUGUAUGUGAAAUUAGAUCGUUAUGAUAGUGCAUUAAAUGAUUUCAAUACAGCAUUACGAUUAAAGCCUAAUUUACUUCUUUCACUGGCAUAUCGAUCAAAGAUAUUCAGAAUAGAAAAACGAUAUGUAGAUGCAUUGGGAGAUAUUGAAAAAUAUUUAAAAUUUGGUGGUGAACUGAAUGUUUCAGUACUUAAAAAUAGAGGAUUAGUGUAUCGUGGAUUGGCAAGAUCUAAAGAAGCUUUGGCGGAUUUUACAGCGGCAUUGCAGAAAGAAAGGAAAGGCUCGAUUUUUAGGCACCGAGCUCAUGUAUAUAAGACUUUGAGACAAUAUCAAGAAGCAUUAUAUGAUCUGGAUCAAGCGAUAGAAAUUAAAAUGACAGAUAAAGAAGCUAUUGCAAUGCGAUUAACAAUGUCAUUACUAGUAACACCAGACGAUGUUAAUGCACUUGCAGAUCGCGGUACAGUUUACUAUGCGAUGGGCGAAUUAAACGAAGCAAUGGCUGACCUUAACAAGGCCCUAUCAAUAAAUUCAAAUCACGUAUCUGCAUUAUUAACUCGGGCCAAAGUAUAUCGAUCCCAAAAAGAGUAUAAGUUAGCAUUAAAGGAUCUUGACAUAGCAAUUCAAACAGACUCAUCUAAACCACGAUUGUAUCGAAACAGAGGAAAAAUUUUAUUAAAACGAGCAACUUUAUGUGAGCGGCUCAAAAAGUACCACGAAUGUUUAGAUGAUUGGACAACUAUUUUGAAACAUAAACCAAAUGACAUUCAAAUACUUCAAAACAGAGGAAAGAUAUUAAUGAAAUUAUGUAGAUAUGAAGAAGCUAAAUCAGAUUUUGAUCAAAUAUUGAAAAUUGAUGCACAAAAUAUUGAAAUUAUAGCAUUGAGAGCAGAAAUUUUACAGGAACAAAAUAAAUAUGAUGAAGCAAUUAAUGAAUUAACUGAUGCAAUAAAUAAAUUUGGAGAUAAAGGUCAUUUACUAGCAAUACGUGGAGGAAUUCAUAUGAUGAAAAAAGAGUUUGACGAGUCUUUACAAGAUUUAAAUGGAGCUUUGAAUAUUGAGUAUAAUUCGUCGUCGGAUGAUUCGCAAAGUCUAAAAGAUUUGGGUUUUAUUAGUAAUUCAUUGAACUUUUUGGAUAAUGAAGAAAAAAUGGAAGUGAAAGAGGAGAUAGUUACUUCGCCUAAAUGUUAUGUCAAAUCACAUGUUUUAGCAUUGAGUUAUCGUGGUUCUGUGUACAGAAAUAAGAAAGAUUAUGAUAAGGCAUUAAUAGAUUUGAAUACUGUUUUGAAUAAUGAACCGAAUAAUGCCUUUGCACUUUAUGAACGAAGUUCUAUUUAUAGGGAUAACAAACAAUUCGAUGAAGCUUGGAUGGACAUUGAAAGAGCUUUAAAGGAUAAUGUCUUAGACAAUGCUUGGAUUGAUAUUGAGAAAGUUUUGAAGGUUGAUAUUGAGGUAGAUACCGAAAUCUCAAGAUUAAUGAUUAAUCUUGAAUACGAUCUUAGUUGA